AUUUCAAAGGUGCGAUUUCCGUGAACGUCCACGUUGAAAUUGGGUAGAGAGUUUAUUGGUGUAGAGUGUUGGGUCAACUUAAUAAUUUAUUUGCGAAUGCACAUGUACGACUUAGAGAGCUACUGCUUAAAGAAUCACGAUAUUUUAAAAUAUCCUUUCUAGCCAUGUAAUUUCCCCAUUAUAUUUCUCGUUGCGAUUAAAUUGAAUACGUACAGCAGGUACAGUAACUUUCAAGUGAUCAGUUUUUUUUUUAUUUCCCGUAAACCUAGAUGAAAACUGGUUAAGUAAAGGAACGGGAGAUGAUUGAAGACAACACUGACCUGGUAUCGAACCAGGCUUCAGACAAUUGGCAGGUGAGUGUUCUAUUUUAUGGCAGGUGUGUGUGCUCUAACGAGGGACCUUUGAGUGUUGUACUUAAUGGCAUUUUGGUAUUCAGUCUGAUGAAAUUUCAGUGUUCUAGCUAGUUAUGGGCAUGUGUUCUACCUAGUGGCGAGCGAGUGUUCUACCUAGUGUUAGAUGAGUUUUCUACCUAUAGGAGCAGGUGGGUGUUCUAGCGAGACAAAGGUGUGCUUACCUAGUGUUAGAUGAGUGUACCAAGUGGCAAGCGAGUGUUCUACCUAGUGGCAGGGGAAUGUUCUAUCUAGUUGCAUGUGAGUGUUGUAUCUAAUGGCAAGGGGGGGGGGUCGUCUAGCUAGCGGAAGGUGAGUGUUCUAUUUACUGGAAGGUGACUGUUCUAUCUAGUGGAAGGUGUGUGUUUACCUAGUGUUAGAUUAGAGUUUUACUUAGUCGCAAGCAAGCUUUCUAGCUAGACGAUUGUUCUACCCAGCGGAAGGUGAGUUUUCUAUCUAGUGACAGGUGAGUGUUCUACCCAGUGUACAGGGAGUGUUAUACCUAGAGGCAUGUUUAAAAAAAAAAUGAAUAACCUUUGACCUUGCCUAUUUAGCCAACUGUUUGUUGUAAUCCCCCCCACCCCCCCACCAAAGAAACGAUUCGACAGAGAAACGUAUGGUUUCCCUAGCAACAAGAGCGUCUAUGACGCAGAAGGUCGUGAACUCAAGUUGGGUUCCUACGACGGUAAACUGGUGCCACCGUUCGGUGACAGGGGAUUCCAGCAGAUGAGAGGCCUUGAACUUCGGGAUGACGACAUCCUCUUGUGCGGCUACCCCAAAACAGGUGAGUCUUUUGUGACAGGUGAUAAUUUCACAACCGUUUCCCGUACUAUUGAAGACUGGUUUUUUGGUGUGAGAGGCUAGGUUCCUUCUUAUGCGGCGUGUUCCUAGAUGUGCUGACGUCACGGGUGAGCUUAGGUUUUUGUCAUGCGCACGGUGAGUCGCCUACAAAGACGCACAUUCUGAAACACCUUUAUUUGACAAUCAAACCGACUUUAAAUUAUUGCAAAGAUUGUAAGGAUAAAAUAUUAUCUUAGAUGCGUAGGAAUGUACACAUUGUUGAUACUUUUUUAACACUUAAACUCGCGAAUAAAGCUACCCUUUAUUAUUUAGCAGAAAUACGCUCGAAGACAACUUUAACAUGUUCUCUUAGGCGCUUGUUUCUGAUGACAAUUAGAGCUGUUAAGCUUUUGGAAAAGCCGUAAAGUUUCCUUCCUAAAAUAUUGGCAUCCGCCUUUUCCCUCUGUCAGAGUGGUGGCAAAAUUGUAUUAAAUGAAAUGGAUCUUUUAGGAACAAGUAUAUGUUUUAAUAAUAAGUGAAAUUUAACACACACAAAACUAGUUUUUUUUCCCCCAUCUCCGAUUCAGGCUGCCAUUGGACGUGGGAGAUUCUCAGCAUGAUUUCUAGGAAACAACCCCAGCUGUCUAAGUUGGGGAAAGCCACGGCCUUCUUGGAACUGGCCCCGGGUCAGCUGAUGGAGGAGAUUCCGUCCCCUCGUGUGCUCAACUCCCAUAUGUGGUUUGAUUAUCUUCCCAGACAGGUGUGUGCAAAACUUAAAGAUGUAACUUAACACGUCUGAAACUGGGUGGAUUCUCGUUCUGAUUAAUUCUUCUUUUGGAGCCUAGCUGUUCGGUCUUUAUGGCCCCGGUCAAUCCACCACUGUCGUGCCUCGUGUGCCGGUGCCCCCCCCCCCCCGGUCAAUCAUCACAGUCGUGCCUCGUGUGCUGGGCAAAAUGCUAAAGCAAUCGUGUAACGUAGUCUUCGGGAUACAUCGUUUCUCUACUUACCAGCUCAGAGCUCUCCGUUAGUUAGUGAUUGAAUAUUUCCAGCGCUUGAGAGCAGGGGCCGGUAGGUUGGAUCCCUGUUGGACUUUACCAUAUGAAAGUGGACACGUGCACGGCCAUGGUCUGUUCUUAUCUCAGUUGCAAGGCCAUGCUGUCUAAGUGUCCACCAAGCUAGCGUGGGGAAAUCCACCUAAAACAAAUCUUUCAGCAUCAUGUAAAUAUGUAGAUAGGACAUUUGGUAAAACUAAUUGAGCCAAGUUUAUUUUAAUAACUCCCCCUUACACGCCAUCUGUUUUAUUGUCAAACUCUAUCCUGACAGAUAUCAUACAAGAUGACCAAGAUUAUCCUGACAGUAAGAAACCCUAAGGACACCGCUGUCUCCUACUACAACCAUCAUAUGGCCCUGAAGGCCAUGCAGCUGUAUGACGGACCUUUCAAAGACUGGUUCCAGCUUUACAUGGACGGACUAGGUUAGUUGGCCAUUUAUUGAAAUAAAAUAAAAUCAUUGAUCAAUUUUUAAACAUCAAAAUAUCAGUUCCGAAUAGAUGACUUCUGCCACUUUAACUUUACCCGCAUGAAUUAAGUCGAUGGAUGAUGUUAUUUGUUAAAAUCAUCUUGUCUUUUCGCACCAAAAUAAAAAAAGGCUGACUCAUCACGAAAUCAAGAAACACAACAUCUUAUUAACGGGCCCAUUCCGGGUACAAUACCCCAUUUUGUAAUAGGACAUAAUCCCACCACCACUACACCACAUCUUGAUAAAGGACACAUUUCAACCCUACACCAUAUUUUAUUAAACGACACAUCCCUACCACCAUUACACCCCUUCUUACUAAAGCACACAUUCCUACCACUACACCACAUCUUAUUAAAGGACACAUCCACACCACCAUUACACCACGUCUUAUUAAAGGACACAUUCCUACCACCAUUACACCACAUCUUUUUAAACUAUACAUCGCCAACACAUUACAACACAUCUUAUUAAAGGACACAUUCCUACCACUACACCACGUCUUAUUAAAGAACACAUUCCUACCACUACACCACAUCUUAUUAAAGGACACAUCCACACCACAAUUGCACCACAUCUUAUUAAAGGACAAAUCCCCAGCAAAAUUACACCACAUCUUAUAAAAGGACACACUCCCACCACCAUUACAGCAUAUCUUAUUAAAGGACACAUUCCCACCACUUCACCACAUCUUAUUUAAGGACACAUUCCCACCACUACACCACAUCUUAUUUAAGGACACAUUCCCACCAUUACACCACAUCUUAUUAAAGUACACAUCCCCACUACUACACCACAUCUUAUUUAAGGACACAUUCCCACCACUACACCACAUCUUAUUUAAGGACACAUUCCCACUACUACACCACAUCUUUUUAAAGGACACAUCCCCACCACCACUACACCACAUCUUAUUAAAGGACACAUCCCCACCACUACACCACAUCUUAUUUAAGGACACAUUCCCACUACUACACCACAUCUUAUUUAAGGACACAUUCCCACUACUACACCACAUCUUAUUAAAGUACACAUUCCCACUACUACACCACAUCUUAUUUAAGGACACAUUCCCCCCACUACACCACAUCUUAUUAAAGUACACAUCCCCACCACUACUACACCACAUCUUAUUUAAGGACACAUUCCCACCACUACACCACAUCUUAUUUAAGGACACAUUCCCCCCACUACACCACAUCUUAUUUAAGGACACAUUCCCACCACUACACCACAUCUUGCUAAAGGACACAUCCCCCCACCAUUACACCACAUCAUUUUAAACUAUACAUCGCUCACACCAUUACAUCACAUCUCAUUAAAGGACACAUUCCUAUGACUACACCACAUCAUAUUAAAGGACACAUUCCCAUCACCAUUACACCACAUCUUAUAAAAGGACACAUCCCUACCAGUAAACCACAUCAUUUUAAAGGACACAUUCCACAACCAUUACACCACAUCCUAUUGAAGCACACAUUCCUACCACUACAAUACAUCUUAUUAAAGGACACAUUCCCACCCCUACACCAUAUCCUAUUAUGGUAUUCACGAAGUCAGGGAGAUCUUUCUCGUAGACACUGCCAUCAGUGUGCUAGUUUAUUUAUUGUUGGACAUAUUUUUGCUCGGGGGGGGGGGGNUGGGGGGGGGGGGGGGGGGGAGAGCACUUGGCUUUUUCCGGGGUUGGGGGCAGCGCCCCCACGGAGAUAUAGCUGAAAAAAACCCUGCUAGCAAUACGUUUACUUGUUUACAUAUUGGUAUAUUAAGUGUCUUAGCUUUAAAAAAAAGACAUAUUCCACGUCUUACAUUAAAAUUUUCCUAUUUAAACUUAAAAAUUUAAUCAAUAUGUUUUAUGUACAAUGAUUUAUUUUAGUUAAUUAGCUGAUUUUUAACACAUGUAAAUUCCAUUUGUUUUGAUACUAAAAAAAUAAAAAAUAAAAAGAUAUCUGUUCUUAUUUAUAUCUAACCUCUAAUCAUCCAUCUGAUAUAAUCUUAUUUCACGCUGAAAAUUGCAAAAAAAAUUUCUUAUCAAAUUUCUAUAGAAUUGGAAAGCAACUUAUAAACGUUUGUAAAAUUCCCAAAUUUUUUUCAUUGCUACUAGCGUCAUCGCCUUAUGUUGGGGAACAGUUCCUUCAUCUGUGGGCGCAAUCUUCACUUGCCUUGCAGACCUUCUGUGUGCAAUGAUGUCAGGCGUCAUCACAUAUCUACCCACCCCACAUCACAACCGAUCACUCCUCCCACCCAUCAACACGCAAACACCUUCCACAACACACUCACACGCGCAUCCCCCUCACACCAACACACACGCGCCUUUUCCAUAUUUAUACACACAAAAAAACCAGGCGCUCUAAAACAGUGGUUCUCAACCUUUCUUAUGCAGAGACCCUUUAACACAGUCCCUCAUGUUCUGGUGACGCCAAACCAUAAAAUUAUUUUCGUUGGUACUUCAUAACUGUGGAGUAUAUGUGUUUUCCGAUGGUCUUAGGCGACCCCUGUAAAAGGGAUCGUUCGGCCCCCAGAGGGGUCGCGACCCACAGGUUGAAAACCGCUGCUCUAAAAGAGUUAUAAACGCCCACAAAACACCACACACCAUCGCUAUAAUGAUUCUCUCCGUUCUCGUACGAUGCAGUGGAGUACGGCGACUACUUCAACUACUACCAAGAUUGGGAUCACGUGAUCAAGUCCAACCCCGAUCAUCCUAUACUGGUCGUCAACUAUGAAGACAUGAAAGAGGUAAUGCGCGGUGUCACGGUCAGAUCACGUGGUAUCUCGCCACACGUGACCCGCCUGGUGAUGAUAGGACGCUUGAGAUGUCAUUUUCAUGCACAACUUCCUGGGCGAAUAGGGAAGACAACCUUUAGACUAAAGACAGAGUAGAGCAAAGAGAUCGGUGCCAUGAACGAAAGAUGAAUAACAGAGAGAGGGAGAGAGAGGGGGUAGAGAGAAGGUGAGAGGAGAGACAGAGAUAGACAGAUAGAGACAGAAAGAGAGAGAGAGAGAGAGGGGGAAGAGAGAGGGAGAGAGAGGGAGGGAGAGAAUGGGCGAGAGAAGGGUAUAGAAAGGGAGAGAAUGGGUGAGAGAGGGGUAUAGAAAGGGAGAGAAUGGGCGAGAGAAGGGUAUAGAAAGGGAGAGAAUGGGUGAGAGAGGGGUAUAGAAAGGGAGAGACAGAGAGAGGAAGAGAAAGAGUGAGAGAGAGAGAGUGAGAGAGAGGUGAAGAGAGAGACAGGGAGAAAGAGGGGGAGGUUGAGAGAAAGAGUGAAAGAGAGAAAGAAAUUGAGAAAGAAAGUGUAAGAAAGAGUAAGAAAGCGUAAAUAAGAAUGAGAGAGAAAGAGAGAGAGAGGGGGAGAGAGAGAGAGAAAGAGUGAGACAGAGUGAGAGAAAGAGUAAAAGAGAGAGGAAAGAGAGAGAGAGAGAAAGAGUGAGAUAGAAUGGUAGAAAGACCGAGAGAGAGAAAAAAAUAGAGAAAGAGAACGAGAGCGAAAGAUAGAGGUUGAGUAAGAGAGUGAAUGAGAGAAAGCCUGAGUCAAGAAACAUACAUGAACAUAUCUAGCCAUGGAACAUAGCCUUUAGUUCAGGCGGGAUUAGUGAUGUUGACACUCAUCCAGGGGCUCUCAAACCUUUAGAUGUUGUACGAUCUGCUAAAAUGAAUAAAUGCACUAUGUAAAUUUUGUUGUGUUUCGGAAUGUAUGUCUGCACUAGAAUUAUUGUUACAUCUGAUGGACGAAGAUGAAGAACUAAUUAUGUAUUCGCAUGUACCACAGUUUGAGAGUCUUUGCCAACGUAUGUGUAAGCAUGUAUGACAACGCAGUGUGACAAAAUCUCUCUUUAUUUCCCCCCAAAAACAGGAUCUUCCAAGGGAGAUAAGGAAGAUUGCGAAAUUCCUCCAGAUAACUCUUGAUGACAACCUCGUAGAGGACAUCGCCAUAGCUGCGGGGUUUGACGUCAUGAAGCAAGCUUACCAGAACUCCAACUCUGUCUCCAAGGAUCUUCUGCGUAAAGGUAGACUCUGAUCCAUACUAUUGUGUAGACAGACUAUUUCGUGGUACCUAUCGAGACAUUGUUUCAUAGUGAUUAUGAAGACACGUUUCAUGGUGAUUAUAGAUUAUGUAGACUCUUUUUCAUUAUUAUUAAUGCUAUUAUUAUUAGAUGUUUGUUUUCAUAGCACAGUACACAAGCCUAGGGCUAGGUUUCAACUCGCUUCACAUACAAUUUAGAAAUUACAGAAAAGUAGACCUUUAAAAAAACAAUUGGUGAAAAGCUUGACCUCACACACCCAAGUACAAUCUACCCCUGUCCAGCCAUGGACAGCACCCAGCAGAAUCGAGCGUUGUUUAGCAAUCCGAGGGGGGUGAGAAUGAGUCGGAAUAGGACAGUUUGAAGAGACGGGGCUUGGGGGCAGUUUUAAAGGUUGAGAUGGUCGUUAUGUUGCGGAUGUGUAAUGGGAGGGAAUUCCAUCAUGGAGCACCCAUCACACAAAAGAAGGGUAUGGCCCAGAAUAAAAGGCCAUGAACACGUUUGCCAAGUGAAGCCAUUGGUCCUACUUUUAAAUUUCCGAUCAAAACCCGUCCCUUCCUAGAUACGUGGGUCUCGUGGUCAGAAUGACAACCACAUCAUCAUGCCUAUUAUAUUUUCCCCAAGUCACACUUAAACAAUUUUUUAAAAGCUUGUAAUUAAAACUUGUAAGAGUUAUUGAUAUCUUUCAAACACAUUUUUCAAGACCCUUGAGAAACAGAUACCCACGUCACUUUAUUAUUUCUUUUUUCAUUGCCGAAAUUCAGAACUUUUUAAAAAUACCUUUUUCAUCUUUAGCAUGCACUUUCUCCAUUACCAGGUGAUGUAGGAGAUUGGAAGAACUGGCUCACAGUGGCUCAGAGUGAGGUUGUGGACCAGGCAAUGGCCACACUACAAGGGACUCUCUUCCAUAAACACAGAUACACGCUGCGACAAAAGGGAUCUCAAACAAUACUAUCAUAAUCAUCAGCGCAUUAUUUGUGAUGAAACAGUUCACACCUUUCAAGACCCCAUGAGAGGAAGGGGUUAAUGUGAAUGUAAAUUUGAUAAAACAAUUAAUGUCCCCACAAGACAACUACGUUCUUCCAUUGACAGUAGAACCCUCUCAAUCCCAAGAACUAAAACUAAGACCAUCGGUGAACGCUCCUUCUGCUUCCAUGGGCCCACGUUCUGGAACCAGCUCCCCUUCCAUAUACGUCAUAGUGAAACCUCGUCCAUUUUCAAAAAGUCCCUUAAAACUCAUCUGUUUAGGUCCGCCUAUGACCUGUGAUGCACCCUCCUUGCCCUACCUCAUUUUCUGUUUCGGGUUGAUCCUGAAGUGUCAAAGUGUCCUCGUUUUAUAGCCAUUUUCAUUGUUUCUAUAGAAUAGUAGUUACUAUCCUAGUGUCUCAUUUGUAUUUACUUAGUUUACAUGUUUUAAUAAUUGUAAAGCGCUUAGAGCUUUAUGAUAAGAGCUAUAUAAAAAUGACUAAAUAAAUAAAUAAACGGCUAUUCGGGGAUAUGCUCGAACAGUUUGACCAGACCGUGUUGUGAACGAUCGUCUCGCGUGCAUAGCCCAAAAAUGAAAUUCCCAUAACGGAUUGUUAAAUCUGAUGGGAUCUAAUGUUUAACUGUCGUCAUAAAACCUUUAAGUGUGUAGUUUGAGGAGUCCGUCAUGGCAUGAUUUUACAAUCUAAUUUUGCUCUAACGAUACUUGUAAGAGGUUAUCAAUGAUGCUCUAUUUUGUUACUUGAAUGACAUUAUCCAUGAUAUUCUAUUUUUGUUACUUGUAUGUAGUUUUCCCAUGAUAUUCUAUUUUUGUUACUUGUAUGUAGUUUUCCAUGAUGUUCUAUUUUUGUUACUUGUAUGUAGUUUUCCAUGAUGUUUUAUUUUUGUUACUUGUUUGAUGUUCUAUUUCGUUACGGUACUUGAAUGAAGUUGUCCAUGAUGUUCUAUUUUGUUACUUGUAUGAAGUUGUCCAUGAUGAGUCAAGAUCACAGGAAUCUAUGUUUUAGAAUUUGAAUAUCGUGAUAAUUCCAGAGGCGUACCUAGGGUGUGGCAAGAAAGGCUUCCCAUAGGGCGGAUAAAUGGAAUUAUGCAAAGCGAUUUCUUUUUUUGUUUUCUUAAGGUUUACCUGUAUGUUACAUAUACCAAAAUAUGUUUCUCUAGCUCAGUGGUUCUCAACCUUCCUAAUGCCGCGACCCUUUAAUACAGUGCCUCAUGUUGUGGCGACCCCCAAUAGCAAAAUUAUUUUCGUUGAUAUUUUAAAACUGUAGAGCGCAUGGGUUUUACUUUGGUCUUUGAGGACCUCUGGAAGAGGGACGUUCGACCCCUUUUGGAGUCGCGACCCACAGGUUGAGAACAACUGCUCUAGCUGGUUACGGGCACACUUGUAUGUCUCUCCGUGGACACUGUAUGUCCCCGGUACGUCUCUAGCUACUCUAUAGUUUAUGUUAACAAAAUUCUACAAACGAUCAAUCUUUUAAUAUAAUAUGCAUAUGUGACAUAGUACUGUAAAAAAUAUGUUUGUUUUACCAAUAUUAACCCCAUUAGAUAAGUUGAAUAAAAAUAGUAUUUCUUAGAAAGACCUGUAUGAGUUUAUAUGCCUUAGAAAGACCUUUAUGUGUUUAUUUUGCUUAGAGAGACCUAAAUGCGUUUACAUUUAUUAGAAAGGCGUAUAUGAGUUUAUACUACUUAGAAAGAACUAGAUGAGUUUAUAUUAUUUAGAAAGACCUUUAUGAGUUUAUGUUUCUUAGAAAGAACUAUAUGAGUCUAGAAAGGUACACGAAUGUAGAUUUAGUAACGUUCCCAACAAGGUUGAGUCUUAGCAUUUCGUGUAAAGCCAUUUCGUAUACAGCGUUGUCCUGUGCUUAAAUUAGAUUGAUUAACUUUUCCCUAGCCAAACAACAUCGACCCCGUCUUCAAAUUUCUUGGACAAUUCAACAUGCAACAAGAAAUAUAACACUAGAGAACGGAAUAUUGAUUGCAUCCAAAGAACAAUUUAACAAGUUAGACAACCUUUCGUACUUCAAUGAAUUUUAAGAAUACGCAAUUGCGUCCCAUUUUUGAUGCAACUUAUUUGAGUUUAUAUAUAUAUAUAUAUAUAUGUAUGUUGAAAAUUGGCUUUAGGAUAAAAGAAGUGCUACUGAUACACGUAUUAUAUAGUGUAGAGUCAACCUUUAAACAGUGUCCAUUUAAGAAUAUACAGUUGCGUCCGAUUAUUAAUAAAGAAGGCGUCAGAUGACGUAGUUUCGAGAAUUUCUUUUUUUUCUAGUGUUGCUGAUUUAAUCCUCGCCUUUUGACCGGCAGCUCUUCCGGCCGGCAGACAUUUUGCCUACAUUUCCUAGACAUGGACGAGACGUCAUAUAAUAGUAACAUUGCAUUGAACUCUUUUCGUGUGUAUAAGUAAAUUGGUCUUGAUAUUCUUCAAGGAUUGUAACUUGCUGUCCUGGAGUUUGACAGCUUUUUUUUCUUUGCUGUGUCUAUAUAUUUCAAUUUUCACUUUUUAUCGAAAUUUAAUAACAUAAUUAAACUAAACAAUGUUGGUAUCAUUAGCUUUGGUAGCGUUGGUUUACGUUGUAUGUUGGUUUUAAGUCCUUUGUAACUUAUUGUUCAUUCUAAGAGUCAAAACUUAAAAAAAGAUAUUAAAUUUGUCAAACGAUUUACGGUACGUAACAGUCAUAUCAAUCUAAACUGAAUGCUAGAACAAAAUUAAUUAAAAAAACUAUUACAAAUUGAAACAGUCACUGUACUUGAAAUUGAUUAAUUUGCUAAUGUGCCUGCUAUAAAAAAAAUAUUAAAAUAUCCGCACAUCCUGAUAUCAAGGAAGUGCUAUUGUCAC